GGCGGGGGCGAAAGAUGGCGACGCCCGUCGGGUGGUCGCCGGGAGGGUCAGGAUCAGUGUGUCUCGCCUUCGAUCAACUGCGAGACGUGAUUGAGUCUCAGGAGGAACUGAUCCACCAGCUGAGGAACGUGAUGGUUCUCCAGGACGAAAAUUUUGUCAGUAAAGAAGAGUUCCAGGCAGUGGAGAACAAGCUGGUGGAAGAGAAAGCUGCCCAUGCCAAGACCAAGGUUCUCCUGGCCAAGGAAGAGGAGAAGUUGCAGUUUGCCCUCGGAGAGGUAGAGGUGCUGUCUAAACAGCUGGAGAAAGAGAAGCUGGCCUUUGAAAAGGCGCUCUCCAGUGUCAAGAGCAGAGCCCUGCAGGAGUCCAGCAAGAAGGACCAGCUCAUCACCAAGUGCAAUGGAAGGAGCUCAUGGGAUGGGAACCACUCCUCCUCCCUGCCUCUCUCCCCCACAGAAAUUGAGUCUCACAUUAUAAAGCAAGAAGAUAUACUUAAUGGCAAAGAGAGUGAGAUUAAGGAGUUGCAGCAAGUUAUCAGCCAGCAGAAAGAGAUCUUCAGGAAUCACGUGUCUGACUUCCGGAUCCAGAAGCAGCAGGAGAACUACAUGGCCCAGGUGCUGGAUCAGAAGCAUAAGAAAGCCUCGGGGACGCGUCAGACCCGCAGCUGCCAGCGUCCCAGGGAAUAAUAAAAUGGUCGUCUCCUUCCUGUCAUCUGGCUGUAAUGCCCAACCUCUGCCUUCUCUGCUUUGGUGGUCCCCAUCCUGACCCUUCCAAUCCCUGUGGGUACCUCCCUCAGGCCUCACAGUGGCCUGGACCCCAGGGAAGAGGUAGGGUGAAAGGCAAAAGAUACUCUCCUUCCUUCUUCCCUGCCUGCCUUUUGGACCACCACCUGCCAGGCCACUGCUGUGUUCAGAAUGGAUGCUCUUCGAGUCUCCAGCCCCUGCUACUCCCCCCCCUCCCUCCUUUGGGUAGUAGUGGGGGCCCAUGGGGGUGUGGGGUUGUAGCCUAGGGAAGGACUACUUGGUUGUCUAGUAGGCACUGUCCCUUCUUACUCUUGGUAUUAAAUUCCUUUCUACAUAAACAA